AGUUAAAUAUAAAAGGCAUCAGAAUCAAAAGUUUUAUCUUUAUCUCUGUAAAUGUAAAAAACAGAAAUGGAGGAAUACUUUGUUCAUAAACACGUGAUAUCAUCAUAAUCCUCUCGACCAGAUCAGCAUAUUUGUUUAUUGGUUGGGUAACUUUUAGUAGAUGUUAACUGAGAAACAAAGUCUUGGUAUUUCAACAACUGGAAAGCCACGGUCUGAAGCAUGUUGUAGGAAUUUUCACAAUUUCCAACCUUCCCUGUUAGUGUGAUAAGAGCAAUAUUUGUGCUACUGCAUAUCGGAUUUGCUUGCAGGCCACUUGAAAAGAAAGAUGGAAUUACCUCUGAACAGUGGCUAAGCUUGAGUUGUAAAAGGUUCAAAUAAAAAAAUGAAGAAUGCAACAAUCUGACGUGUUUCUGCUUAAUUUUCUAUUUCACCUUUACAGGUUGGUUUGUUUCACCCACUCUUGUUCUUAUCACCUUCCAAUUACCACUACACCAAAAAAAAUUCAUAUGUAAUUCCCCGUUUUCAUGUUUGUUGUCUGCCAGUCAUUGUCUUCAUCCACUGUUUCUAGAUUCCCCAUUCGAUGUUCUUCAGAGGAGGAUAAGAGGAGGAAAAAAAUAAGUUGGAUAAUAAAAGUAAGGUUUUGCCUAUUUUAUGAAACAGAGCAUGCUACAGCUUUGAAGCUUGAUAAAUUUCCAUGGCAAGCUGGUGUCUCUACCUACCUAUAUUCUUAGCCUUGUAUGUUUUCACAAAGCACUUCCUAAACAGAAUUCAUAACCUUCCUCCAAGUCCUUUUCCCUGUCUACCCAUCAUUGGCCAUCUCUACCUCCUGAAAAAACCCCUCUACAGGACUCUGUCGAAGAUUGCAAAUCGGAAUGGCCCCAUACUGUUCUUCAAAUUCGGUUCACGUCCGGUCCUCGUUGUCUCAUCACCGUCUGCUGCAGAAGAAUGCUUCACCAAGAACGACAUCAUUUUCGCCAAUCGCCCCCGCUUGCUCAUUGCAAAACACUUGGCUUACAACUACACCGCCCUCUCUUGGGCUCCGUAUGGUGAUCACUGGCGAAACCUCAGACGAAUAGCAUCCAUCGAGAUUUUGUCAACUAACCGCCUCCAAUUGCUAUCAGGCAUACGCAUGGAUGAGGUAAAGUCAUUGAUGAGAAACCUGUCAGGCCAUCCAGAUGAACCGGUUGAAUUAAGGAGAGCAUUCUUUGAGUUGACAUUCAAUGUGAUGAUGAGGAUGAUAGCAGGAAAAAGGUAUUAUGGCUGCGAGAACGUGGAAGAUAUGGAGGAAGCAAGAAGGUUUCGAGAGAUUCAAGUGGAGGCACUGGAGUUGAGUUCAGCAACAAAUAUUGGAGACUUCUUACCGUGGCUUAAGUCCAGGAAGCUGGAGAGGAAGUUGAUGGAGUGUGGAAAAAAGAGAGAUAAAUUUAUGCAAGAUCUGAUAGAACAGCAUAGAAGAAAAAUGAGGAGUGAUCCUGAUGGAGAGAGGAAGAAGACCAUGAUUGAGAUUUUGUUGUCACUGCAAGAAUCAGAAUCCGAGUAUUACACAGAUGAGAUCAUUAGAGGCCUCAUGCUUAUUCUAUUGAUGGCGGGGACAGAAACUUCAAUCAAUACUAUGGAGUGGGCGCUUUCACUUUUGCUUAACAACCCGGAAGUCCUUAAAAAGGCUCAAAUUGAAAUCGUCAACACUGUGGGACACGAGCAUCUAAUUGAUGAGUCCGACCUGGCACAACUUCCUUAUCUCCGCAGCAUCAUCAGUGAAACUUUGAGAAUGUACCCACCAGUUCCAUUGCUAGUACCUCAUGAAUCAUCAGAGGAAUGCAUUGUAGAGGGUUUCCGAGUUCCAAGUGGCACGAUGCUAUUGGUCAAUGCAUGGGCCAUACAGAACGAUCCCAGCAUUUGGGAGGACCCAGCAAGAUUCAAGCCUGAGAGGUUUGACGGAGUAGAGGGCGCAAGAGACGGAUUCAAGUGGAUGCCAUUUGGGUCGGGGAGGAGGGGUUGUCCAGGAGAGGGCCUGGGGCUGAGAAUAGUUGGAUUAACACUGGGGUCAUUGAUUCAGUGCUUUGAGUGGUCGAGGGUUGGUGAUAACAUGGUUGAUAUGAGGGCUGGAACAGGAUUCACCAUGCCCAAGGCUCAGCCCUUGCAAGCUGUAUGCAGGCCACGGACAACCGUGCUUGAACUUCUUUCUCAACUUUGAACCGAUUUAGCCUCCAAGGUUUGUGUUUUCAUGAAAUGAAGGAUCGGGAAAGAGGAUUCAAAGUUGUUCAUUGGACAAUUCAACUACUAUAAACAGCCAUAAGAGAUUUCAGUUCUCAGGCAACUUGCAAUGUUUUGUUGCCCACUAUCGUGUGGUAUAAAUUACUUUUGAAGUACUUACUUGUUGUACUUUACACCUUGUUAAUUAGAAAUAUGUGAUGGAAAGCGAAGCUUCGGCCCUGCCAUUGUUGACCA